AUGAAGCCGCCGCAGCCGUUACACAUCCCUCUGAAUUCUAGGAAAAAGAGAGUGUUCAUGGACCCUGACGUGAUCGAAAUCCCACCUCCUCCAACUCCGAUUGUUUCUCGCUCUCACACUAGUAAACAAUCUAAAAACAAACAGGUUAUUCUUCAUGAAAUAAUUGAUAUUGACAAGGAUGAAGAUUCAGUUGAUGUGAUGAUUCUUGACCAGAAAUAUGACAUAAAGGACAAAGGGAAAUCUAUAAAAGAUAAUUCUGAUGGCUAUAGUCAAGCCAAGGAUGGUAUUUCCAAUCAUCUUUUCAGUCCUUCCCCUGGAGCAAAUAAUAUAAUCAACGUGGAUGGUCUUGAUUCUGAUUCAUUGUACGAUGAUGGCGCAUAUAUGGAUUUUUAUUCUGAUGACUUCAUGGAUUUUGAUGAGUAUUCAUUUUUGCAAUCCCAUUUUGACAAAGUGGAUAUUCCUCCUGGAGUGGAGGCACCCAUUCCUUGGUUGCCGAAUUCUGAUAAUAAUGCAAAUAAAUCUGCUAAUGGAACUAAUUCUUUUAAUACAAGCAAUGAAAUGCAAUCUAAUGGUGGUGGUUCAUGGUCAUUGAAGCCUGCCCAUGCAAUCAAGCCGAAUUCAGUGAGUGGUUCAAGUUUUCAUAACCCAGUGGAUUCCAUGAGUCAUGCUUCUGGAAUGAACCUGUCCUCUCCUUGGUCACUUCCCCAAACUGCUCAAAGUAAGAAAGAACAAGAUGUUUCACAACAUGGGGGAGUGCCUCAAAUUUUGCACCUUCCCAUACUGGGUGCUCCAAGUAGUUCAACUGAUUAUGACCAUGCAAAGCACUUGGACAGUGUUAAGCCUCCUCAUGGACUCGGGCCAGCACAUUCGGGACAUAUCAAUCCUGCUCCUGUAUUUUAUCCAGGUCCUUCAUUUAUGGGUGGAUUGGACCAUUUUCCUAUUAUUGGCCCUUCCAUGUCUUCGUUUGCGUCGAAAUUCAAACAUUCAAUUGCUAACCAUACAAGUCAUUCAAAUUUUUAUGAUCCGUUUGAUGCUUUACAUAUCCCUCCUGAAGACAGUGCUGCUGGAUCUCCAAAAAAUGUAAACAAGGAUGAUAUCCUCAGAAAGUUUCAAUUAUUUAAGCAGUUUGAUACAGUUGAAGAUCAUUCAGAUCAUCACUAUACUUCUAAAGGUUCUUCUGUGAAGCAGCCACCAAAGACUUGGGCAAAGAGAAUUCAGGAAGAGUGGAGAAUCCUGGAGAAUGAUUUACCUGAUUCUAUAUUUGUUAGGGUUUAUGAAACAAGGAUGGACCUAUUGAGGGCUGUAAUUAUUGGAGCAGAGGGUACUCCCUACCACGAUGGUCUCUUUUUCUUUGACGUUUUUUUCCUGCUGGCUACCCCAAAGUACCACCGGUAUGUGUUAGAUGUUCUUGUCGACUACCAUUCUGGUGGUCUUCGACUUAAUCCAAACUUGUACAGUUGUGGGAAGGUAUGCCUCAGCCUUCUUGGAACAUGGCAGGGCAACAAGAAUGAGAAGUGGCAGCCUGGUGUCUCAACUGUGCUACAAGUUCUGGUAUCUAUACAAGCAUUGAUAUUGAAUCAAAAGCCCUUUUUUAAUGAGCCUGGAUAUGAACGAAUGAGUGGUUCGGCAAAUGGUGAAAAACGAUCUCAGGAGUACAAUGAGAGUACUUUUUGCUCGUCACUGAAAACAAUGGUUUACACAAUGAGGAGGCCACCUAAGCAUUUUGAGGACUUUGUACUGGGUCAUUUCCACAAGCGUGCUAAUGAUAUUCUGGUGGCAUGCAAAGCAUACAUGGAUGGUGCUCAAGUAGGGUGUCUGGUCAAAGGUGGGGUUCAAGAUGUUGAUGAGGGUGAUAAGAGCUGCUCAAAGAGUUUUAAGGACUCCUUACCUGCCUAUGUUGAUAUGCUAGCGAAGCAGUUUUCACAAAUUGGAGUCCAGGACACUGAAAGAUUUCAAACAGCAGGAAACAGGGGGAUAAACGAUCAAGCAAUACUCCUUGGUGAUCUUGAAGGAGAUGCUGGUUCUGGGAGUGCUUACAACAAGAAAUCUAGCUCGGUCUCACGUUUAUGUGAGCUGAGGACACUAUCUAUAUUCAGAGUACGUAACAAUCUCUCGUCUUACAAGCAAUCCAAACUUUCUUUUUCUCCCCCAUCUUUGUGGGAAAAGGCAAUGGUGUAUCAGUGGACUAUAGGGUCAGACGAUGAAUUGAUCAAGUAUUUGCGAAGUAUAUGCUGCGAUCUUGAGAAGAAGUCUGGAUUUUUAAGUUUUAAGAGCAUCUCCAAUGCGAGGCAACUUGGCCUCGGCAAAUCAUCACCAAAACAAAGUCUCUACAACUACCUCCAGGCUCCAACCUUCUCAUGCUGCCAGUGCCACGUGGUCAUACCACCCCGCCCUAAAACUCUUAACCCUCCAUUAUAUAAAGCUCCUAAAACCCCUUACGCCUCCAAAACAGAGCAAGCAAAACACUCUUUCUACUCGCUCCUCUCCUUUCCUCUCCUCUCCUCUCAAAUGGCAACCCCAGCAGCCAGGAUGAUGCUGUUCAAGAACGGCAAGUCGUUCCCUCUUAACCUACUCCGUGGCUCUCUUUUUGUUGGGUCUAACAACGUCACCACUCAGUUAAUUUCUGACCCAGCACUAUUACAGCCACAACAGAAGCCCAUCUUUAAUAUGCUUGGGGAUCAGUCUAAUGUCGGUCUUGGCGGUGACGUUAAUGGGGUUUUGAAUUCGAGAUUUGGUGGGUUUGGAAAGAUGGGUAGAGUGGAGGCAUAUGGGAAGAGGAGAGUGAUUAGUGAUGAGGAUGAAGAGGAUGAUGAGGAUGAAUUUGAUAGUGAAGAGAUGGAGGAUUUCCUUGAUGAUGAGGUGGAUCAGGACGAGGAUGAGGAUGGAGCUGCUCCUGAUGACGAGUAA